AUGCUGUUCACAGCAACGGUCCCCUUCCUCAUCCACGCUCUCAUUGAGACCCCAGCUGCCUUGACCUUCAUCCUGAAGCCCUCAUCACAACUUCAACCACUUCCUCCAUCGGCAGCUCUGAUUCUUCAGUCAUUCGGUGGCCUUCUUCUUACGGGCAACCUCAUUGCUCUCAUCUUUAUCCGGCGGCCGUUUGAUGACGCAACUCGUCAAGCUGCACUCGCCUUUUCCUUCUGGCAUUUAUGGCCUAGUUAUCGAGCUUAUAUGCGAAUGAAUGGCUAUACAGAGGAGGAGGAAGCUUCUACAACCAAGACUUUAGGAGGACCAAUGGUGCACCUAGGAGUUCACAUUGUUUUGAUGGCCAUGUUUCUUUGUACCUGGUAUUUUGGUAAUGCUUAA